UUACGCAGCAUCAUAGGAGCUUGUCGUUUUAUUGUACGGCUGCUGAUGCUGAGAGGUCUCGCUGAGAAAUAUGUAGGACCAUGAUCGCGGAUUUGAGGUUUGGGGACCGUGGCACUUUGUGGCGGAUUGUUUUUUAGGUUUUCUCACUACAAGGAUAAUGAGGAAAAGACGGAACUGGAAACGUCAGUGUUACUUGAAGUGAUGGAUACUAAGAGUGUUUGAGGAACCCUUACAUCUGACCCAAUGGCAAAGAAAGGUCGCGUCAAGGGCGAGAAGCCUGAAGCGCUCAUCUCUGCCUUACAGGCAGCCAAUGAAGAUCUCAGGUCGAAAUUAACCGAUAUUCAAAUUGAACUGCAUCAAGAAAAAUGCAAGGUGACCAAGUUGGAGCGAGAAAAGGUGCAGGAAGGCAAGCGCAUCCGCGAACAGGAGCAGCAUCGGCACACGGCGGCGCUGACGGAGCAGCGGGCUCGCUGGCACGAGGAGAAGCUAAAGGAGCUCGCAGCUCUGCGGGAAUCGCUAACACGGCAGCAUGAGCAGGAGUUAGCGCGCACCGCUAAGAUUAAAGAAGGAGAGAUCCAGCGUUUGCGGACUGCGCUCAGUGCGCUGCGCGACGGCAGCGGCGAGAAGGUGCGCACUGCGCUAACGCUCGAGGCCCGAGAGGAAGCCCGCCGCUUCUUUGACCAGGAGCGCGUAAAGCUGCUGCAAGAAAUAUCAGAGCUAAAAUCCACCAAACGGCAGACGGAUGAAGCACUGAGUACUAUGAUCAUAGCCGACAAGAUGAAGGCUGGUGACCUGCGCACUGAACAUCAAGCGCACCAGGAGCAGAUUUCCAAGAUCAAGUGGGACUGUGAGCGAGAUAUUCGUCGAUUGGUGGAUGAGAUCAAGGCGAAGGACCGGACCAUCUUCUCGCUGGAGAAAGAGCUGGAAACAGCGACGGGCUUCCUGCAGAAGUUGCAGCUACAGAAGGAUGCGCUUGAUGAGCAGCUUUUUUUGGUAAAAGAGGCAGAGUGCAACCUGGGAAGCCCCAAAAGAGAAAUCCCCGGCCGCGCUGGAGACGGAGCAGAGCAUUGUGGGAGUCCGGACAUGAGAAGGAACCAGAGACGCAUUAGUGAACUCAAAGCCACCAUUCGUAAGCUGGAGGACCGCAAUUCAAUCUUAGUGGAUGAAAGAAAUGAGCUGUUGAAGCGUGUUCGAGAAGCAGAGAAACAGUGCAAGCCCUUACUGGAGAAGAACAAAUUAUUAAGUAGGAAAAAUGAUGAACUCAGCCAUUCCCUUCAGAGGAUGGAGGAUAAACUUAAAUCCAUUACCAAGGAGAACCUGGAGAUGAAGGAGAAGAUUACCUCCCAUCCUCCACUGAAGAAACUCAAGUCUCUGAAUGAUCUGGAUCAGGCCACCGACGAUCAAGAGAUUGAGUUCCUCAAGCUGCAGGUUCUCGAGCAGCAAAGCAUGAUUGAUGAGCUGACACGAGAUAGAGAAAAACUCUUGAGAAAGAAGAGGCAUAAACGAAGCAGACCUAUAAAGAGGCAUAUUGUUGUAGACACAUUCUAUGGGUAUGAUGAAGAGUCUAUGGAUUCGGAAAGUUCCUCGGUGGCUUCCCUGCGCAUGGACCGAACCCCGGCUACACCAGACGAAGAUUUAGAUGCGGGUUUGGUGGCUGAAGAGUCUGAAUUGCGCUUUAAGCAGUUGACGCGGGAAUAUCAGGCUCUUCAGAGAGCCUAUGCCCUGCUGCAGGAGCAGAAAGGAGGUGUGCUGGACGCUGAAAUGGAGGCUAAGGCUCAUGAGCAGCUCUUGGCAGAUGCUCAAAGGUAUAAAGCUAAAAUCGAAGACCUGGAAAAAGAGCUCGCUUUAAAAGGACAGGACUCCAGAUGGGUGGAAGAGAAGCAACUGUUCCUCAGGCGCAAUCAGGAGCUGCUGGAGAAGGUUGAAAAGCUGGAGAAUGAAAACGGAAAGCUGCAGCAGGAACUACAGGACUCUAAAGAUCAGAAUGAACUCCUGGAGUUUCGCAUCCUUGAGCUCGAGGAGCGUGAGCGGAGAUCGCCUCCGUUUAACCUUCAAAUCCAUCCUUUCUCUGAGGGAGUGAGCGCGCUGCAGAUCUACUGUAUAAAGGAGGGCGUGAAGGACGUGUGUAUACCAGACCUCAUCAAGCUGCUGGAUAUACUCGGGGACAACGGGAACCUGAGGAAUGAGGAGCAGGUGGCAAUUAUUCAAGCCAGUACCGUGCUGUCGCUUGCUGAGAAGUGGAUCCAGCAGAUUGAAGGCACAGAAGCAGCUCUGCAUCAGAAGAUGAUGGACCUGGAGCUCGAGAUGGAGAUGUUCUGCAAACAGAAGGGUUAUCUGGAGGAGGAGCUGGACUACAGGAAGCAGGCGCUGGACCAGGCCUAUAUGCAAAUCCAGGAGCUGGAGGCGACCCUGUACAACGCACUGCAGCAGGAUAAAGUCAUCAAAUACGGAGAACCUCUGGACGAGCUGCAGAAGGAUGAGUUACGCUCGGCCGUGGAGAGACUGCGCAGACAGAUGCUGCGUAAAAGCCGAGAAUACGACUGUCAGGUGCUGCAGGAGAGGAUGGAGCUGCUCCAUCAGGCCCAUCAGAGGAUCAGAGACCUGGAGGACAAGACUGACAUUCAGAGGAGACAGAUUAAAGAUCUAGAGGAGAAGGAUUUGAAGCAACCUGGAGCUGUCGCAUGCAACUGCAGUCGUCCGGUUGUAAUGACUCAAGGUGUAUUAGUGGCUGUUUUGUUUUGCUUGUGUGGAAGUGGGAAAUUCAGAGUUAAUGAUUAUGGACUUCAUUGGAUUCAACCUCUGUGGAGGACCAGGACAGAACUUACAGAUCAAUACAAGUGUGACAAAACAUAAUCAUCAACCCAACUAGAGGAUUGUAAAUUAUCUCUGCCAUGCAGGGACCUGUCAUGACCACAUCUUUAAUGCAUCUUCUGCGACUGCUACCAACCAGAACCCACAGACCUCUUUCUUUCUCACUCUGUCUGUCUGUCUGUCUCUCCUCCCACACACACAUUGGGAAAUUGGAAGCGAAAUGGACGUCUUUGCAGACACACAUCCUCUCACAGGAGCUUUGGGUGCUGACUCAGGGCCUGUUAGUGAGGUGACUGUUGCAUCUCUGUUAUCAGGACCCCUUAGGAGAGGCGUCUUCCUCACUGCCUGAACACAGAAAGGACAAAGAGACAGAUUGAGAGAGAAAGCGAGACCAUCCACUACAAACCAUCCACACUAGCAGUUUUUGUUUACCCCUAGAAAGUUAAGCAGACUACUGCAACCUGAAAACUAAAUAACUUUUUAUUAUUCCUCGUAUUGGGCCUCAUUCCUCCAUCACAAGCAAAAUUUCAAUGUAAAUAAAUGCAAAAGGUUUACGCAGCAAAACUAUUUGCAGAAUGUGACAGUUUAUGCAACUAAAACCAUUUUUUUACCUAACGCAUUCUACAGUUUACAAAAGUCGCGAUGAAAUGAAAGAAGCGACAGAUAUUUUUUUUCUGUAUUGUGACGUACGUGUAACAGAUUAUAGAAAAUAAAAAAUUUACUUGGUUUUAUACAUCCAUUGUUGAUUGGAUUUUGACAUGAGGGCAUAGCACUCGAAAAAAUGAGAUUACAAUAGAUUUGUAAAAAAUGAACGGGGUUUAAACUGACUAUAUGAUUGGAGAAUUUAUGUAUACAUUACCAAAGAGAGGUUUGAUGAUUGACCGGAACAUCCUACUACGUUUUAAUUAAAAAUUGCAAUGUAAAAAACCCACAAAAAACUAACAAAAAUAGAAAAAAUAGAACAUGCAUAUGGAAGCUUGUUUCCACCAAUAAAUAAAAAAUAAAAAGGUUAUUGCAUCUUUUUAUCUCAAAAUUCUGACUUUUUUUCUCACAAUUGCGUGAUAUAAACAUGCAAUUCUGACUUUUUUUCUCCAAAUUUUUUCGGUAUAGUGAGAAAGAAGUCAUAAUUGCAAGAUAUAAACUCAGAAUUAAGAGAAAAGAAGUCGUGAUUGUAAGUUUAUAUCUUCUGACUUUAUAACAUGGAAUUGUGAGUUAUACGAAUUAUAAUAUUAUACAAGUUAGAAUUGAUAAACUCAAAAUUGUAAGAAACUACUUUUUUCCCACAGGACUUCGUAACUCGCAAUUGCGAGUUUAUAUCACAAUUCUGAGAAACUGAGUCAUAAUUGCAAGAUAUAAACUUGCAAUUGUGAGAAAAGUCAGAAUUGCAAGUGUAUCUUGCAGUACUGACUUUUUUGUUGCAAUUCUAUUUUUUACGCAAUUCUAACUUUAUUUCUCACAAUUGCAUGUUUAUAUUACGCAAUUCUGAGAAAGUCAGAAUUGUGAGAUUAAAAAGUGACAAUUACUUUUAUUUUUACAUUUUUUUUAAUCGGUAUAAACUGACUUCCAUAUAUGCGUGAAUGAAUCACGAUAAGAUAAAUAAUGUGCAUUUGGAAAAUAAAUGGAGUGAAUUUUUAUUACUCAAACUGUUCUUAUGUAAAUUAUUGUACCACAUGACAGUUUAAAAUUUAGUUUUGCAUAAACUGUCGCACCAUGCGCAUUUAUGCAAGUAAAACUAUUCACAUGCAACAGUUUAUGAAAGUUAAACUGUUCUUGUGUAAAUUGUUGUACCACGUAUCAUAUGCAACAGAUCAUUUUUAUUCAUAAAUGUUGCACCAUGUGAGAGUUUAUGCGUGUGAAACCAUUCACAUCAUGCAAGAGUUUCACAAGUAAAACGAUUCUUCUUGAAACUGUCACUUAAAGGCCCUACAUAAGAACGGUUUUACAGAUAAUUUCCACAAUUCUGCUUGUGGUUCACGAAUGAGGCCCGUUGUCCAAUAAUAUUCCCUGUCUAUGAUGAUCAGCAGUACCUCUUUCUGACUGCAGUGUAAUAUAUAUGUUUGUUGAUAUGUACAUGUGUCUCUAUUUCUUCUGAUGUGAAUACACUUCUCCUCCUGCAGCUUGAGCAGUAGAGUCACUUUGCAGUUUAGAAUUUAUUCAUGACUAUAAAUUGCGGCGUGUAUUGUGGUGACGGCUGCAGACGAAAUGUUUCCGCCUUCCUUGACUGUCCCUGUAUUUACUCAUCUCUUCCCUGAGCCUCGUUCUUUUCUACUCUUUCAAAUCAACAGCUGUAGCAUACCAGCAGGACUUUCACUAACUGGUUUGUACUGAAUGAUCUUUCUAACUCCCUUUAAUUGGCUGUCUCUCUGGCUUGUAAAUAUGUUUUUGGGGCAUUCUGUAUACCAGGUUUGGCUUCAUUUCAUUAAAGUCUAAAUACCUCCUCAGAAAUAUGAUAAUCUUUCUUUUUUUCCACCUUUGGACGUUCUGAGAACCAGUGCUAGGAAAUUUACUUUUAAAAGUAAUGCAUUACAAUAAUGCGUUACUCCAUAAGAAAGUAACUAAUUGCAUUACUUUUUAUGAAAAGCAUUACGUUACUUUUGCGUUACUUUUCGCAACUCAGUCCCAGUUUCUCUCAACACAGGACAGGAAAGCUGUCAGUCAGUCAAUGGGAAAACAAAGUAACUGGCUUUACUUGUAAUGCAUUACCCCCAACACUGCUGAAAACAUGCUUCUUUCUACACGUUUGAUUGGAGUCACAAUAGAAUUAUCUGUUUGUUAAACCAAAUGUAUUUUAUUUCCGAAACAUUAUAAUGUAGUGCCUCAAUAUAUAGAAUUUGUCCGUCUAUAUUAAAUAAUAAUUAUGUAUUAUAUUUUGUAAAAUGUUUAUAUUAAAGAUAUAGCGCAUGCUUAAAAUUAGGUGAGUAAAAGAUGUGACAUUUACCUGUGGUUACCACGAUCUACAUAGUACUAUGAAAAAUUGUGAAUGUUAAUAAGCAAAUACAAUACUAGAAUCAAAGGCUGUUGAGUCCCAACUCGGUUGCACAGUCAGACAUUUCUAUCUAUAAAAAUUUGGGUUUUACACUUAUUCUUACACUGUUGUUAAUAUAAGUGAAUUGGAUGACUAACAAUUUUCUCUGUAAAAAGUGAUAAGACUAAAGUUAUGCUUCUCAGCUCUGCAACACUGGCUCAAUAACUAUUGAUGACUCUCUAAUGGAGGAUUUUUAAAGGAAAAUGAAGAAUCAAAGAGUAAUUUUUAUUCUUUUUAGAUGUUUGGGCCCCAUCUGCAAAAACACAGUUAAGAAUUUUAAUUCCAAUCGCGAUUCAUGAGGACCAAAUUUUUAAAUCUUACUUUAAAAUGUAUUUGGGGUGCAUUUAGUAUGUAUGUAUUUUUAUUUUCUGCUGGUUUGUGUAUUUAUAUUAGUUUUUAUUGUAAAGGAUGUUACUUUGUACAGUGCUUUGAGAAGCUUCCUUUGAAGGCACUAUAUGAAAUAAAGUUUUAUAUAGCGUCUUGUUUUCAGUGGAGAGCUGACGACUUCUGGCAACAAGA